GUGUGAGGCCCACCGAUGGAGUACGUGACAUGAUUCUCAUCAGUGAUAUAGAUGAGAACGGUAUCAACACCAACCUCAAAGUCCGCUACAACAAGGAUUCUAUCUAUACCUUCACGGGGUCCAUCUUGGUGGCCGUCAACCCUUACAAGGAUACUUACAGUGGUCAGAAAAUCAGUCACGUGGAACCACAUAUCUUCGCCAUAGCGGAAGCUGCCUUUCAGAGUCUCCACAGCUCCAGCGUCAACCAGAGCUGUAUUAUCAGCGGCGAGAGUGGAGCUGGCAAGACAGAGACGACCAAGUUUAUUCUGCAAUAUUUGUGCUCCGUGACCAACCAUACUUCCUUCUGGACAGAACAACAAAUCUUGGAGGCCAAUACUGUGCUGGAGGCUUUUGGCAACGCAAAAACUGUACGGAAUGACAACUCGAGUAGAUUCGGUAAGUUCAUGCAAGUCUGCUUCUCGGGCACCCAGAUCAAAGGCUGCAUCGUGCAGGACUACCUUCUGGAGCAGUCCAGGAUAACAUUCCAGAACCUGCAGGAGCGCAACUACCACGUAUUUUACCAGCUGACUGCAGCUGCCCAAGCGUGCCCACAACUUGCUGAAACCUACAUGCUGGCUCCUGCAAGCUCCUAUCACUACCUCAGCCAAAGUGGCUGCUUCUCUCUGGAUGGCGUCAAUGAUGCGGUUAUGUUCGACAACUUGAGGCUGGCCAUGAACGUUCUGGGCAUUGCCGAAGAGAUGUCUCAAGGGUUGUUUUCGGUUCUCUCGGCAGUUCUUCUCCUUGGGAAUCUCAAGUUUCAGGCCGUGGAUGGCGAUGUAGAAAAGAGUGAGUUUUCUCCACAAGAUACGGAGGUGGUGGAGAAGGUGUGUCUGCUUCUAGGAUUUGAGAUGAAUAGUUUUCAGGAGAUUUCUUUGUUCAGACAAAUUCAGGUCAGAGGGACGGUGACCAGCAUUCCUUUCAAGCUGCAGGAGGCGACAGAAAACAGGCACGCUAUGGCCAAGGCUCUGUACUCUCGCACCUUUGCCUGGCUUGUGGACGCCAUCAACAAAUGCACAAAUCCUGGCGCCUACCAGAAACAUUUCAUCGGCAUUUUGGAUAUAUUUGGAUUUGAAAAUUUUCAGACAAACAGCUUUGAGCAGCUGUGCAUCAAUUUCACCAAUGAGAAAUUGCACCGUUUCUUCAACCAUUAUGUGUUUGCUUUGGAGCAGGAGACGUAUCGCCAGGAGGGGAUUGAGUUUGCGCACAUUACCUUCACAGACAACACAGCCUGUGUGGAACUGAUUGAGAAGGCUCCCAAGUGUGUUCUCAAGAUGCUGGAUGAGGAAUGUCGCUUUCCACAGGGUACAGAUAAAUCCUACCUGGUCAAACAACAUCAAGAGCUGGAGGAGCAUGUCUACUACAUAAAAGGAGAUCGGAGAAACUGGGAGAAGGAGUUUGGCAUCCAUCACUACGCAGGUGUUGUUGUCUAUACAGUUCAAGGGUUCCUGGACAAGAACAAGGACACCCAGCAGGACCAGUUGUUUGAUCUGAUGCAUUCAGCCACGAAUGCAUUUGUAUCAGAUCUGACCAGAUUUCAGGACCUUCUUGGGGUGAAGCUGGAUGUGCUUCAAGGGAAACAAACCAUCUCAAGAACAGCCAGCCGGGGGAAGCCAACCGUGGGAGACACCUUCAAGAACCAGCUCAGUGCCCUGGUGGACGUUCUAGAUCUGACAAACCCAUGGUAUGUGAGAUGUCUCAAGCCAAACUCAAUGAAACAACCAAAUGACUAUCAAGAGAAGGAAGUGCUUUUACAGCUGAGGUAUUCUGGGAUGUUAGACAUUAUUCGUAUUAAAAGAGAGGGAUACCCAGUGCAUGUGCCAAUCGAUACAUUUCUAAACAAAUAUGGCAUCCUGCUGGACAAAGAUCUGGCACCUGAUGACCCAGGUGCCAGGGUGAGGAGUAUACUUAACCACCUGGGAUUGUCUAAAACAGAAUGGCAAGUUGGCAAGUCAAAGGUGUUCAUGAGAAACAGUGUCUUCGAACCUCUGGAGGAAAGGUGCCAUAACCUCAUCAGAAGGAAAGCCACCAUCAUCCAGAAGACCUGGCGAGGUUUUGUUUGUUGGAGAGACUACCAAAGAAAGAAACAGGCUGUGCUUAUUUUACAAGACAGCUUUAGAUCCUUCCGGCUGCGUCUGGAUUUCUUGCGGAAGCGAAGGGCAGCUAUAAAGAUCCAGUCGUGUUAUCGUGGGUGCUUGUCUCGGAAACUUGCCAAGGAUAUGAAACUGAGGAAGCAACAGGAGGAAGAGAAAAGAAGACAAGAGGAACUUGAAAGAGAGAGGUCGCUGAAGGAGAAAGAGUCCAAAGACCAGCUGGCUAUAGACGAAGCACUGAGGAAAAUGAAAAAACGGCAGUCAUGGCAAAUGAUAUUAAG